AUGUCAGGAUCAAAUGCAAAACAAGCUAAAGCUGAUGAAUUCGAAAUGCAAAAAGCAUUUGAAGUCAUUGGCGACGUACAAAAUGAUAUUGAUCGUUUCAAUGAACAAGCAAGUGAAGAAAUUCUACAAGUCGAACAAAAAUAUAAUAAACUUCGUCAACCACACUACAAAAAACGUUCGGAGUUAAUUAGUAAAAUUCCAUCAUUUUGGAUUAGUGUAUUUCUUAAUCAUCCUCAAUUAUCAAGCUGCCUAGAUCAAAAUGAUGAAAAUAUUUUACAACAUCUUAAACGUGUCGACGUCGAAGAACAUGAAGAUAUUAAAUCAGGAUAUUCUAUUAAAUUUACCUUCGACAAAAAUCCCUAUUUUGAAAAUGAUUCGAUUGUUAAAGAAUAUAGUGUUACGGAAUCAAGUGAAACACAAUGUAAAUCAACACCAAUACGAUGGAAAAAUGAGGGAAAAAAUAACCAAUCAGCAACUAGUAGAAAAACUGAUGGUGAUAUUUCAUCAUCAGUUACACGGAAACGUUCGCAUGAUCAUGAAGGCUCGAAUGAACACGGAGCAUUUAUGACUUGGUUUACUGAUACAACUGGUGAAACAGGCAAUGAAGAAUUUGGUGAAGUUAUCAAAGAUGAUAUAUUUGUUAAUCCUCUUCAAUAUUAUUUAGCGGCAACAACAAAUGACGAAGAAGAAGGUAGUGCAGGCGAAAAUGAAGAAGAAGAAGAAGAAGAAGAAGAUCCUGAAGGAAAAGAUGACGAACAAGAAUAG